GUUUAUCGUGUGCGGGGCAAAAUGGAGCUCGAGGCCAUGAGUAGGUACACCAGCCCGGUCAGCCCAGCUGUCUUCCCACACCUGACUGUGGUACUUCUGGCCAUCAGCAUGUUCUUCACCGCCUGGUUCUUCGUUUACGAGGUCACCUCCACCAAGUACGCACGCAACAUUUACAAAGAGCUCCUCAUCUCCUUGGUGGCGUUCCUCUUCAUGGGCUUUGGAGUUCUCUUUCUCCUGCUCUGGGUUGGCAUCUACGUAUGAGUCCCCAAGGGUACCCACCAGGCAGCUUCACCAAGUCCCUGCUUUUGUAAAUUAAUUUUUUUACCAUUGCUACAAGUGUCCCAGCUGCUGUUUACAAUAAAGGCAGAUGUGUGA